UCGACGUUGAAUAGGCGUCAUCAUUCUGCGCCUUUCUGCCAAGAUGGCGACGGUGGAUUUAAGAGAUAAUCUGCUGGGCAUCUCAUGGGUGGACAGCGGCUGGGUGCCUAUCCUGAACCCCAGCAAUGUCUUGGAGUAUUUCUCCGAGAGGAGCAAUCCCUUCUAUGAUCGCACCUGCAACAACGAGGUGGUCAAAAUGCAGAGAUCAACCCUGGAUCACCUCACUCAGCUGGUGGGUGUGGAAUAUAUUUUGCUUCACACUCAGGAGCCUAUUCUGUACAUCAUCCGAAAGCAGCAGAGACAAUCACCAACACAAGUGAUCCCUCUUGCUGACUACUAUAUCAUAGCUGGCGUGGUGUAUCAGGCUCCUGACCUGGGAUCUGUAAUCAGUUCCAGAGCGCUUUCAGCGGUUCACGGGAUUCAGUCUGCGUUUGAUGAAGCCAUGUCCUUCUGCAGAUACCACCCGUCCAAAGGGUACUGGUGGCAUUUUAAAGACCAGGAAGAGAAAGAAAGAGUAAAGCCGAAAUCGAAGCGGAAAGAGGAGCCGAGCUCUUUGUUCCAGAGGCAGAGAGUCGACACGCUGUUACUGGACCUGCGCAAUAAAUUUCCCCCAACCUUCUAUCAGACCAAGCCAGGAGAGAAGCCUGUUCCAGUGGAGGUUAAAAAAGAGCCAGAAGUGCCUGUUGAGACGGUGAAGCCUCAAGAAGAGCGAGAGACGAAACCUCCAGCUCCUCCUGCACCUCCACGGCCUCCACCACAAACUACACCCAACAAACCUCCACCUGAGAAGCGUGCUCGUGUACAGUAACAAACACCUGCAGCCACAAAACAUCAAUGCUAAGGGACUGACUGAUGUUCAGACCUGUGGACCGUUCUCUGCAGCAGCUCACUGAGGGUGGACUGUUACGGUUAUUGUACAUACAGGACUUUCUUCAAGACUUUUCUUCUUUACUUCAAUUGUUUUUGUAGUUAGGAAACUGAAAUAUGUUUCAUAUCUGUAUGGCCUUUUCUGUAUUUCAGUGUUUCUGGGUUGUAGUAUUAUGCCAUUGUAUUAAUCGGAGUGAAAAGUCAUUUUUCACAUCUUGUUUGCAGUGUUUGUCAUAAUGCAUAUAGUCUACAGACUUUUCUGAUGAUUAAAAGAGUAUUUGUAUGUCCUUUGUAAGUGAUUUGAUAACUAUGUAAUUGACUACAUAAUCAGGGCCAGAUUUAUCUUUUUUUUUUUUUGUUACGUAGGCAACGGAAAUUUAUGAGCAUAUGCGUAAACUCGGCCCUGUAUAAUGUAAUUAUGCUAUGGAGAUUAUAUAGUGCGCAGCGCGCUCUUGUGUACAGACGUGGACGCGCACCUCUUGCGCUUCUGCGUGGACGUGAACUGCGUUCUCCAUUCAGUACACUAAAAACAGACUCAUAGCCAGCAGAUAUGUUCUAA